GCGAUGUUCUCAUCCAUUUGUACCACAUCAAUCUACCACUUUGGCAUGAUAGCCGCUGGUUUCACAACCACUGUUUGAACCGCAGAAUGAAUAAUAGAUAGCCAUGGAGCUAUCGUUAUCGAGAACUGUAGCAAGGCUUUUCCUUGGUGGAUUCGAAAGGCAUCAAUACUGGCGAUGCACUAUGAGGACAUAUGAUCGCCUGGAUCAUAGUUUCACAUACUAAUAAAUUCAAUCCGGCAUUGAGUCGAAUUGAAUAAGAAACGAAAUGACAUUUACGAGAUGCCAUGCGCGAAUAUAGGUUUAUCUUCCAUAUUGUCUCAUCAUAAAAGAAGUAUCUUGAUAGUCGACCGUGUUCGUAAUGACUCAAUCAAUUUCUGUCACUCUCAUGACAGGUAUCAAACCUACAACGGAGGCGCCUCGGAGACGACACUAUAAAACCUUCCUCUUUCAUCUCAGCUAGCCGCGUUAACAUCUUAGACCGACUGUUUCAUAGCAACGAUAUCGCAACGUCUCCGCACACUCAAUCUAUCCUUCACCGAGCUCCAAUUUUGGAAUGAUCCGCUCGCGGCAUUUGAGCAAUGAUCUGGGUUAUGGUGAUAUGCUCCAACCUCUGACGGCUUGUCGUUCAGUCCACGUUGUGGUUUGAGUGGCUCACGAGCGUCGAAAUACAGGACCAGGCUGUACAAGACUCUUUCCGGGGAAUGAGGUGCAUCUGGGGUAACGUAAACCUCCUUUGUCUAAGCAGGGACCUUUAAGGUGUCUAACUAGUGGUCUAAGGCUUUAGCGGUAUAUCCUCAUUAUGUGCCGUGUGUUGCUAUUGUGCUGAUCAUGCCAUGCCAUGGCUGAGUGCACAGUCCCGGAACUUGAUAUUGCUUUGAGAAGAGGUCAAUGAUCAAUCACAAGAGCACCCUGCCUACAGUCAUGAUACUUGCCUUUGGCUGGAUCCGGUUUGCUCAAACACACACACCACUAAGGAUUCACCGUGGUCAAGAGAUACAUGCAAAUUCUAUCUAACCAAUCACCCAAUUAGUGGCUGGCGUUGGUCCAGGCCUCUUCUCUUGCUUGAGACCCCUGGAGACGGGGAAUCACCAAGCUUUGAGAAAAGAUUCACCCAUCUCGGGCCUGGACCUAAUUGAAAGAUUUGCUGUUCAGUUUGCCAUCCGACCCGAGUCAUUCUGCCAAGGUCUGCCAAGGCCUCGUCCAGUGAGCAGAUGAGCCAGCCAGGCCGUUGAGCCAGUGACUAACAACCAGGCCUCCACUGGAGAGAGAUUCUGCAGGGCAGCCGACCUGAGAGUGAGAGCGCGGUCCGGUCUCCAUCCAGAGCAAAGUUGUACAGUUGCUUAGAAAAGCCUACGUGCUGUAACAUCCGCUACCCAUAUCUUGACCUGUACCCCCCGGCCCCGGACUUGUCCGGUUGAUUUAUUACCCACUCACCUCACUUUCACCUACCAAUGCUAGGCUUGCUAGCCCACCUUCGUCAUCCCAAACUCUUUGUGCGCGUGUCGUACCGUAUCUGACAAACAGCAGCCACUCUCUCAAAUACCAUACCACCCUCUAGUUACCGUGCCAUACCAUACCAUCCAUACCACCUUGAACAGCCCAGGCCACUUUGGGAUCUCUGCUAACUCUCUAGCUUGGUAUCCUUCGGUGAGCGUUCUUGUCCAUAGCGCAGUUCCUGACACUGCAGAUUGCGCCAGUGUCGCGCCCACAUGGAUGGAAUCGAUCAAACGCCAUGAUCUAAUUCGCGAUUCCACUAACCCCAUACCUGACUUAUCUACCGUAUUAAGUUCAAACUCCAACUUCAACUCCUUCGUUGCCAUUUUUCAAUCUUGAAAGACCCUUGUCUUGCUUUACCGACAUUCAACAUCGCAUCCUUUCAGCCCUACCAAAAACGCAACGCAACCCAAACUAAGCCAAUCGCACACUACUAAUUCAACUGCACCAAAACCCCUCGAUCCUUCAACCGUCCCGACGAACCGACAGCUCGACGAUGCGCCGCAAAUCAUGCUGAAGACGUCUCCAGCCUUGUCCGCCUCCGCCAAUGCCUCGCCUACCGCUUUUCGAUAUGCGACGUCGUCCCCUCAGCACUCCUCAAAGCCUUCGCCAGCUCUCCGGCGACGGCCUUCUACCCGCUCCGACACUCCAUCGUCCGCCGACGCUAUGAAGUCUUCUCCAAUACAGCGUCCGAGACAGUAUGUCGCGAAUGACUCUGGUAUACAUGGCUCACCCGAAGUCCAACGACCGCCGUCGUCAAUUUCUCAAAAAGCUUCUGCGCAUCCUGCACAAUCACCUGCCCCCUCACGCCCUUCUCAGGAUCAGACUGUGCAGCAAGGCCAAGCACUAAGCGGGGUGUCACCAACUAAACGUCGAAGCUCUCCCACUCCGACCAACCCAGAUGCCGUUGCUGCUACGAACUCUUCACCACAGACGAGCAAACGUGCAAAACCUGCUACGCCGCCACCAAAAGUAUUACCAGAUCGUUAUGAGCUCUGUGCUGUAGAGGAUAUGGUAGAGUUGGUUGCGCAUAUGUUGGCAGAGUUGAUCGCUACGAAUGACGCCAUACGAAUUUCGAAUGGCGGAUUGACACGCUUUCACUCAAGAACCGCACCUGGAAUCUCGGUUCGAGAUUACCUCCACCGUUUGGCUAGACAUGCGACCCUAACACCGCCGCUUCUCUUGGCCAUGGUUUACUAUAUUGAUCGGCUAUGCGCCAUGUACCAAGAAUUCACCAUCAAUACGUUGACUGUGCAUCGAUUUUUAAUCACUGCAGCUACAGUCGCUGCCAAAGGGCUAUCAGACUCUUUCUGGAACAACACCACUUAUGCUAGGGUCGGUGGCGUUCGGGUAGCAGAACUCAAAUUACUAGAGUUGGAAUUUCUCUACCGAGUCGAUUGGAAAAUUGUUCCAAACCCUGAAGUCCUCGUGGCAUAUUACAAGGGUCUAGUGGAACGAACCCCUGGCUAUGUUUUAGAAUCGGAUGGUUCAGACGACGAAGACGAAGAUGAGGAUGAUGACGCCGAAGAUGGAGAGAAUGAGCCUUUGGACAAUUAGACUUGACACCAAUUGGUUCUUUGUUUGGCAUUGAGGCCAGCAAUCCCUCCCAUUUCUAGGACUACCCUACCAAGCUGGCUGCGCGGCCAGGAAACUUGCCAUUAACGGAGCCAUGACGAGAGGAAAAGAGUUGAUUCUGCAUAGCACUGCAUUUACAGGCGUUGGGGAUAAGGGCGGUUUUAUUCCGAUUAUAUUGAAACGGUACACGGAUGGGAAGGGAAUGCAAGGGUUGUAUUAUGUUAAACUUUUUGUAUGAGAGCGUUUAGACUCAACUGUGAGCAUUCACUGCAAUCUGUAUUUCAUGAUUAAAAGCUUCCUGAUCGAACCGAUCAGAACUUUGCCUGUUUUACCAUAUAUCGAUUACCUUAUUGUAGAUGCCCGUUGUUUAUUGAAAAUCAAUUAGCCGACAAUCUACCGCC